CCUAGUUGUGUAUAGACAAGCAUGGAGAAAGUCGGGCGGCGUUACAUGUUAGCGAGUCUUUUACUGUAGAUCUUUUUUUUUUUUUUUCUAAAUGCUUAGAUUUCAAAGUAAUUAUUGCCCUAUUUUCGUGACGGACUAAGGAAGCUCGCAGCUUAUAGCUUGGGGUCUCUCUUCUCUAUAUGGAUGAGCCAGAGUCUGAAAGUCCGGCCAGUAUUUUGGCCUCAGUGAGAGCUCAGGAGGCACAGUUUGAGCUGCUGUCUCGUGCUCUGGAAGAGGAAAGGAGACACAUCACUGCUCAGCUGGACCGGGUGUGGGUCACUCCACAGGAGCCACCCCUGACCAAUGGCUCCCACACCCGUUGCCAGCAGGACGGGUCACCAUUUUUGUACACCUCAACUAGGAUGGAGGCCCACUCUGUUCAUGCAGAUGAGAGAUAUGUCAUUGAUGAUGAUUCAUCUUACAAAUCAUGCACUCUAAACGAUGAAACUCGAUGCAAUGAAAUCCCAGUACAAACAAUUGUGGGAUACUCUCAAACAUUAGAUCGACCAUACAGGGAGCCUGCUGGAGGUGGAGGAACUUAUACUACAGUACCAAGAAAUUACCAUUUCCGCGGUCCUGGAGUCGAUUCAACAAUGCCAGUGAUUUCCCAGUCUCCACAUCCUGGUUAUAGUAGCCUAUCAAGGCCAAAUCAGCGAUAUCGUAGUAUUGAUCCUUACCGAGGUCCUGGAUAUGGACCCCAACCACAGGUUAGGGGCGGUGGUCUUGGAGGCAGCCAGUCUGAUCUACUUUCAGGUAGGGUUUAUGGCUCUGAAGAUGCCUAUGGAUUGGAAGAUGAUCGUAGGAGCCUGGGUGGAUAUAUAGAUGGACCUGAUUAUGCUACUACUGGGAGGAGAGGAGCUAAUGGAGGUGACCCUCGCAGAAGACUGAGGAGUUAUGAAGAUCCGCUCUCUGAUCGUUUUGGGUCAGUUCCAACAUCAGGUAGCCUCUCUAGUCUUGGACCUGCUCCACUGACUUUGGCACCUACCAGUGGACCUUGGAGACAACCAGAACUUCCAGAGGUUUUGGCAAUGCUUAGCUAUACUCUAGAUGCUGUAAGGUUAAAUGCUGCUGCCUAUUUGCAACAUCUCUCCUACCGAAAUGAGGAUGUAAAAAAAGAGGUAUGCCGCUUGCGUGGGAUACCACCCCUUAUCAGCCUUUUGGAGGACCCGCGAGCACCAGUAAGACUUGCAGCAUGUGGUGCUCUCAAAAAUCUCUCUUAUGGACCUGCAAGAGAAAACAAGAUGGCUGUGAAAAACUGUGAUGGGGUGCCAGCUUUGGCAAGACUACUGCACAGAAGAGGGGAGGGGAAAGAAGGAAGAGAACUGGCGGAGUGUGUAACUGGUACUCUUUGGAAUCUGUCCUCUUUGGACUCUAUAAAGAUGGAGCUGGUUGACCAGGCUCUUUAUACUCUGACACAGGAAAUUUUAGUUCCUCACUCAGGAUGGCAACAGGAUGGAGCGAUGCAGGUUGUGGUGGAAGGAAAGCCCAGACAUGUUGAGUGGGAGCCAGCCCUAGUCAACACUACAGGUUGUCUGCGUAAUAUUUCUUCUGAGCGUUCUGAGGCAAGGAGGAAAAUGAGAGAAUGUGAAGGGUUAGUGGAAUCUGUUGUUCAUAUCUUACGAUCCGAAGUAAGCCAUGGACAGGUCGAUAGUAAGCUUGUAGAGAAUGUUGUGUGCUUGCUAAGAAACCUUUCUUAUCACAUUCACCGGGAAAUCCCUCAUGCUGAGAAGUACAUGGAAAACCCUCCUAAUGCCAGUGCAGAGACCCAAAACCCUAGCUGCUUUGGGGUUCGAAGAGGGAAAGGUAAAAAGGCUUCAGAAGAGUCUGUUGUUGACACUAUUGACUUUCCAAAAAGAACAAUGCCAGCACAAGGCUAUGACCUUCUUUUCCAGCCAGAGAUAGUGCGGCUUUAUAUAUCUCUUGUGAAGUUAUCACACACACCUGCUGUAUUAGAAGCUUCAGCUGGAGCAAUUCAAAACCUGUGUGCUGGAAACUGGGUUUAUGGCCGCUGCAUUCGGGCUGCAGUUCGACAGGAGAAAGGUCUGUCUUCACUUGCUGAUCACUUAACCCAUGAGAGUGAGCGUGUUGUUCGUGCCAUUUGUGGAGCAUUGCGCAACCUUUGUGGAGACAGCAGGAACAGGGAACUGAUCGGAAAACAUGCUCUGAACAGUCUUGUUGCACGUCUGUCUAGUUCCUCUGCCCAGUCAUCUGCACUUUCUGAAGAUACGAAUGUCGGCGUUAUCAGUACUAUUCAUGAAGUUAUUUCUGGGAAUCUAGAGGCAGCAAAAAGAUUGCGUGAGAGUCAGGGAAUUGAAAGACUUGUCCUUAUUAAUAAAGGGGGAGGUCGUUCAGACAAAGAGAUACGGGCUGCUGGUUUUUGCCUUCAGACCAUUUGGGGUUAUAAAGAACUGAGAAGACCACUGGAAAAAGAUGGGUGGAAAAGAAAUGAUUUUCAGGUGUCCACUGCGGUAACUUCCCGUGUGCAGGUUUAUGAUGAUAGUACUCUUCCACUCAUUGACCGAAACCUAAAAAAUGAGAAAAAAUCUGAGAAUACUGACAUUCCGCUAAAUGAUUUCAGAACAGAUCCGUUCGCUCAUAAUGGUGAUAGUAGCAAUCGCCUCCCAAACCGCUCUGAAGAACUCUCAGAAUUGGAUCCUCUUAAGGUAAUGCAGGAGCGCUCUGUAAGUGCUGGAGGAUCACUAAGUCUUGGUGAUGCUGAAGACCAGCGUGUCUAACCACUAAUUUUUCAAAUGAUGACACUCUGGCUUUACUCACGUACUUGGAGCACUGGACCAGAAAUACUUUAGCUAUUACCUUUCACUACCUGUCUUUUUUAUUUUCUUCUGUCUGUUUUUGCUGCAUUUUUUACUUUUGUGCAUUAUCAGUUGCAAAGAAUUCUUUAACUACAAGUACAGAAAAUAACACUGGAACAUCAUAAUAGGGGACUAACAGUAUAAAUAUGGGAUACUAAUAUAACUGCUCAAUGCUAACAUUUUCUAAAUAAGGGAAACGCCGGCAUACUGGUUAUACCUGUUCUCACUUGCUGUUGCUCUUUCUCCCUCUAUCUGGUAAUCUGGUUUCAUGUUUGCUGCAGUUAAAUUGAUGUGUAUUCUUUUUCAUUGUUGGAAUCACCAGUUGCCUUUUCUUGGGGAAUUUAGUGGAGUCCCUUCAUAAAAACUCCUGCUUAACAUCCCUACAAACUUUUCCUAACAAUCUGAUGCCAAGAAUGUUUUUAUAAAUAAAUUUUUAAGACAAUCAUUUAAAAAAUACUUCUAAGUAUCCUUUAAUCUUUUAACCAUCUUAACACAAUUUUUUUGUUAAAAUAAAACAAAAUUACUGAAGAUCAUGAUAAGCA